AAGAAGAAGAGGAAAAGGAAGAGGAAGAGGAGGAGAACUGAGUUGGAAGAAGAAGAAGAAGAUUACCCGGCGCCGGGUUCCGGGAUCAAGUUCGAUUCACUGUAGCGAGGAAGGGUAGUCGCGAGAAAGAUCUUCAAGGGAUCUUCUCGUUGUAUCUCAGACUUUGUGAAGUUACCACGGAAGAAGGUAACACGCUGGACCCUACACAACUUGAUUUGAUAGGAUGACAUUGAAACUGAUCACUGGGAUCAAUUUGGUCCUGAUUGCCUUUAUUCUACCGCAACACGUCUAUUCGAACAAACAAUCUAAGUUUCGACAGUUAAAGCCAGGUUGCAGAUACGAUGGCCGUCGAUAUGAGGAUGGUACUAUGGUGAAUACUACCGAGCCCUGUUUGCAAUGUCGAUGUAUCGAAGGUGCACUCAGAUGUCGACUAAGAGUUUGUCCACGUCUACCAAAUUCUCCGCCCCCUGGUUGUCACAUUCGACAACCCGAAGAAAACGUUUGCUGUGCCGAACUGAUAUGCGGUGGACCACGUGAUACGGGGAACACGUUGCGCAGAGCCAAUACCGAAACAUCGGAGGAAACAUCGUUGGAUGAAGGUUGCCUUCACGAAGGUGUUAGAUACGGACCGGGCUCGGCUAUGAAGGGAUCUCGUAGAUGCGAAUAUUGUUAUUGCAUUUCCGGUGCAAGACGAUGCAUCCGACCAAAAUGUUUAUUACCCCUACCGGGAUGCAUCCCCCUUUACACCCCUCAUUCCUGUUGUCCCGUCGCUUACAAUUGCACGCAUUCACGAGCAUCAACGUCCGCACCGCCAUUUGCCAAUGGAUGUCGUGUAGGAGAUCGUGAUUAUGGGGAAGGUGAAAUGGUACGUGAAAUCGAUUGGAAGACUCCCUGUGAUAAUUGUUUUUGUGCUAUGGGCACCGUAAGAUGUGUACCAUUAGCCUGUGCACCACCAUUACAAGGUUGCAGCCCGAUUGUCCGUAACGGACAGUGUUGUCCUUCUACCUACAACUGCAGCGGUAGCAUCGAGGUUAAGGCCACCCAGAAUUACGCUUCUUAUGCCUUCAUCAGCAAGGACUAUGCCAAGUUUCGCAAGGAGACUAAUUUCUUCCCUGUGAUCGACCGUACGACGAUUCCAUCCGUCGAAGGACGAGGUCAUCGAAUAGUGGACGAAAGGAUCGAUGGUAGGACGAUCAUUGUCGAUGGUGAAUCCUCUGUUACCGAUGACUCGACAUCCUGGCCUUCGACCUUCCCGACCGAAAUAAUGGACAACGAGAUCCUGAUCGAGACGGUGCCCUACACGAAAUCGAUCUUCGAACCAAGUGUAUCAACCACUUCGAACGACGAGAUAACCACUAAUACGGUACGAACGAUAUCGGAUUCGAUUUCGUUGAAUAGAGAUCUUAAUGGAACCACCGAGUUUUCAAAGAUCUAUUCUACCAGCGCUAUUACGGAAACCUCGUUCGUUAUAGCCAACGAUUUACAAUCAACCGAAGAGAUGACGACGUCGUCGUCGUCGACGUUAGAAUCUACGACGUUACCUAUCGACAACUUUUCGUCGAACGUCUCGAAAAAUUACGAUUUAAACUCGACGAGAAACGAGGAUAAAGUCGAUCGAAGGGACGAGAGAGAAAGUAGUACUACCGAGAUUAACGAUGAACUUUCGACUAAAUUGGAGAUUACGACGAUUUUGGAAAAUGAAGAAAUUACGACAGGAAAUAUCGAUAAAGGACCCGUCAGCGGUUCAUCGUCGACUAUACUCAUGCCGGAUGACAUCCUCGCGGUGAACGUGACAGUGAAGACGAAUGUCUCGGUAGGGCAUAUACAGGGUGUCACGAUAAAUCCAAUUAGAUCCAUUCCGCCGGAUGUCGAGGCUAUUCUGAACAUCACUCAUCGCGAGAAGGGCGAGGACUAUAGCGAGUACGAUUACAGUGCACCGACUUUACCUCCGUCAUUACCGAACGUCAGGAUAAUUCCGUUCGUCGCUGCUGACGCCUUAGUGAAGGACAAAGACGUUCCAUCGGCCGUCACAGGAUAUCCUUCCGGUUCGGUAGUCGUGCCUCCUGAAUUGCGGCCAACCGACACGUCUGGCUUUUACGAUAUUGCCACUCAGGAGAACGGGUUCAGUCCUCCUAUCGAGACCGAAGGUGGAUUCGUACCAAGGGAACCACCGUAUUUUGAUAGUUCUUAUCAUUCGACGGAUUUAAAUCUAGAAAUUGGUACUGGUGUAACCGUAGUCCCGGCACAGAUUACUGGACCGCAUCGUAAAAACGGUGACUUGGCCAGUAAUUGUCUCUUCGAAAGCCAUGAGUAUCGUCACGGUGAGAUCCUACCUAGUACCGGUAUUUGCAUAAUUUGCAUGUGCUAUUACGGGAACGUCGUGUGCUCUGGCGAAAAGUGUCCGCCGCUUAAGAUUGGUUGCCAGAGGCUUAACACGGCUGAGGGAUGUUGCGGAAAAAUCACGUGCGUGAACGCCGAAGAAUCGCCAACGGUAGUCUUGGAUCGUGUAGACUCAACUGCUCCCUCUCAACGACAACCAAUCGUAUCUCCUGAUCCCUUUCGCGACGUCAUCAAAACGAAACCAGCCCCGGAUUUGCCUUCUCUCAUGGAAGACAUGAUACCUUAUCUGGUUGAGCAUGGUAUCACAACUCCUAGGCCAACUACAACUCCAAUGACGACAGAUACUAUAUUACGAAAUCAAGGAGGAUCAUCUCAACAUAUUCACAAGCAUAGUUCCAAUUUCGAUUAUAUGGAUAAAUUACCGUUAAUUCAUUCGCCCUAUGAUUACGUACAAGAAAUUGAUAUUUCUCUUCAACCACCAAAAAAUUUGCAAAACUUUAACGACACCCCGCAGAACAAAUAUCCGAGCUCGUUGAUAUAUAAAAUUAUAGAUCCUAAUGUUUCCAAUGUUUACAAACAUGAUCAAUCGUCCGGUUUACCGAAUAUAAUUACUCAUACGGACAAUAAUACUUUUUUCAAUAUUUCCGAUAUAUUAAAAGGUAAUACGAAUCAAUGGAAUAAUUCUAUCACGGAAAUAGAAAAAUCAAAUGGAAAUAAGAACGGGACAACUAUGAUCGUUGAAUCGACUAUACGUACGCCCACGUCAACUACGAAAAUAUUGGAAUCUGAAAAGGACAAUAUAUUCUCAUUGGACAAUGUACUUGAACUUCUAUUCACGUCGGAUGAUUUUUCUUACAACGAACAAUUUAACGAAACUACAAAAGCACCUGUUAUUAAUAGUACUAGCGGUAGUGCUAAUGCAACCACUAUUACUACUACUACCAAUGGUACUACUAUUAUUACUAAUAGUAUUACCGCUUCUACUUCUACUACUGUGAUCUCACCAACAAAGAAAAUGUCUUCCACUCAAACCGAAGGAUUUUCAUUGAAGGAUCAGGAAAUUCGCAAUCAGGAUGUCGGUAUCUCCUUUACAAGGACGAGCUCGCCUACGACUUUAAGCUCGACGAAGUUCGUUGAUAUAACGACGACGAAAUACGGAAACACCGACGAGGUGUCCUCGAAGAUCCUUGACAACGAAAUACCCGUAUCCGUGAGUGGUCUUCUUAAGUUAGCAGGAUGUAAUAUCUACGGGCGGAUGUACCGUGUCGGCAGGAUCAUUACCGAGCUCUCGAGUCCUUGCCUCGAAUGUAGAUGCACGGAAAUUGGAGUCCAAUGCAAACAACUCGAGUGUUGAUCAUGAUCAAUCGAAUGAUACACGAACGAUGACUACGACUAAGCUAAAUAAGUCCCCCGCGAACGAUCAUUAAACGAAAAUUUUUCUUUAAUAAUUUUCUUCUUUUUCUUCUUCUUCUUCUUCUUCUUAUAUAUUUUUUUUUCUAUCUCAUUUUUAUUAUAUUUUUACGUACAAACAUUUACGUCGAGCUAGAUUUACCUGUUGUCUGAUCUACUUUCUUUUUCUUCUUUUCUCUCGGUUUCUUUUUCUUUUUUUUUUUUGGUUGAAAGUAUUGAAAAAAAUGAAAGAAAGAACGAAAUGAAAAUAGGA